CGGCAAGGCUCCAUCGAUCGCCUCAGCGUCUCGGAUCGCCCAUUACCACCUUGUGCCUCCUUGCACUGCACGGGCUCCAACGCUCCCUCGCUUCCUCGUGCUUUCGGCUCUACGUGUAGCGUCAUCACUGCGAUUACCACCGACGUUCGGCAGUGUCCAUUUGCAACAUGGACGCGUUCCAGCCGCCGAGCCUCGCGCAUGUCAAGUCCAAGAAGGUCAAGGAGCUCGCGAGCCUCCGCUGGCAGCAGUACGCUCUCCAGAAUCAGCUCCAGCACCUCCAAAAGACGCGCGUCGCCGCGUCGCCACCGACGCUCUUGGCGUGGCGCGAGAUCGCCAACGCUCUCAAGGAUGACACGACCGAGCAGUUGGCGACCAACAAGGCGCUCCAGCGGCAACGGCGGCGCUACCAGCGCCUCUGCGACUACCUUCAACGCUGGGUCGCCAGCACGACGCCCCGCCUGCGGUCGCCCAGCCCGUUCGUCGAAGGCUGGCGGCACUCGCACCUCUUUGCAGGCGACGAAGGUGCCCGCGCUCUGAGCUACAACUGGCUCCUGCAGCAAGUCUACCGCACAACCGACCGCGUCUUUGCCACGCUGGUCUUUCCCAACGGUCGGCACAAUGCGAUCGACGUGUCCGUGACGAUCCACGACGAGAUGCGACUUGUGAUCCACGUGCAGACACAGCAGGUCGUCCCGUUCGCCCUCGAAGACGUCUCGCGCGGGCUCUGGAUCGCACAGGACACGCUGUGCCAGGAGCUGUUUGCGUCGCCCGACGACCCGAGCACGCUGCUCUCGUUGCCGAGUGACGACGUGCAGUACACGCGCGAGAACGUCGGGCGCGCGAUGGCCCACAACGUGCUCACUGGUCGCUUCCACGAGCCGCAUCGGACCGUGAUCUGCCUCCGCAGCAUCCUGCACGACGACGCGCACCUGACCUCGCCGCAAACGUGGCGCUUUGAUAACAAAGAAUGGAAUGUGGCCGAGAUGCUCGAGCCGCGGCUCACACGCGUCCGGACGUACUACACGAUCGACCACCCGUGCACGGUCGAUGGCUAUGUCUCGCUCCGAGACCUCGCCGCGCUGCGCUGCCUCGACAGCAACGAGUGUGACGACCGCGCCCACCUCCUCGCUCGGCUCGAGCGCAUCUCUAUCGACAAGCACAUUGAGCAGCGCCAGUUCUUCAUGCAGCAUCUCGAGCGCACACUGCGUGCGCUUACGCGCCACGAGUCCCAGAUUCCGCGCCGCGGUGUCCUCGCUGCCUGCCCCGCCGGUAGCUGA